CGCCCCGUGGACCCGCCCACAGCCUGGGGACGUCGGCGGCGCGCGACGUGCUUCACCGGAUAAAUGCUGUGGCGCAGGUCGUAGGAGAGUACCGGUCUUGAGCGUUUGGGCUUUCGGGUGUUUGGUGGCGUCGGGUUCCGCGCCUGAGCCCGGCCCUGUUCCUGGCCGUGCCAUGGCGGACGAAGGGAAGUCGUACAACGAGCAUGAUGACCGUGUUAGUUUCCCUCAGAGAAGAAAGAAAGGCCGGGGGCCUUUCCGAUGGAAGUGUGGAGAGGGGAAUCGUCGGUCUGGAAGAGGGGGUUCGGGUAUUCGAUCUACCCGGUUUGAGGAAGAUGAUGGAGAUGUGGCAAUGAGUGAUGCCCAGGAUGGUCCCCGAGUACGAUACAACCCCUAUGCCAACCGGCCUAACCGUCGGGGUGAUACUUGGCAUGACCGAGAUCGAAUUCAUAUUACUGUUCGGAGAGACAGAGCUCCUUCAGAGAGAGGAGGGGCUGGCCCCAGCCAAGACGGGACCACCAAGAACUGGUUCAAGAUUACAAUUCCUUAUGGCAGAAAGUAUGACAAGGUCUGGCUCCUAAGCAUGAUUCAGAGCAAGUGCAGUGUCCCUUUCACCCCCAUUGAGUUUCACUAUGAGAACACACGGGCCCAGUUUUUUGUGGAAGAUGCCAGUACUGCUUCUGCAUUAAAGGCUGUCAACUAUAAGAUUCAGGAUCGAGAAAACAGAAGGAUAUCUAUCAUCAUCAAUUCCUCUGCUCCACCCCAUAUUAUACAGAGUGAACUGAAGCCCGAACAAGUAGAGCACCUCAAGCUGAUCAUGAGCAAACGAUAUGAUGGUUCCCAACAAGCACUUGACCUCAAGGGCCUCCGCUCAGACCCAGAUUUGGUGGCCCAGAACAUUGAUGUUGUCCUAAAUCGCAGAAGCUCUAUGGCGGCUGCCCUGAGAAUCAUUGAAGAGAACAUCCCUGAGCUAUUAUCCUUGAACUUGAGCAACAACAGGUUAUAUAAGCUGGAUGACAUGUCCAGCAUUGUGCAGAAGGCACCCAACCUUAAGAUCCUCAACCUCUCUGGGAACGAAUCCAAUCCCUCACAGCUGAAGUCUGAGCGGGAGUUGGACAAGAUCAAAGGGCUGAAGUUGGAAGAACUCUGGCUUGACAGAAACCCCAUAUGUGAUACCUUCCGAGACCAGUCCACCUAUAUCAGCGCCAUUCGCGAACGAUUUCCCAAGUUAUUACGCCUGGAUGGCCAUGAGUUACCCCCUCCAAUUGCCUUUGAUGUUGAAGCCCCCACAAUGUUACCGCCCUGCAAGGGAAGCUAUUUUGGAACAGAGAAUCUAAAGAGUCUGGUCCUGCACUUCCUGCAACAGUACUAUGCAAUCUAUGACUCGGGAGACCGGCAGGGUCUUCUGGAUGCUUACCACGAUGGCGCCUGUUGCUCGCUAAGCAUUCCUUUCAGUCCCCAGAACCCCGCCCGAAGCAACUUAGCUGAGUACUUCAAGGAUAGCAGAAAUGUGAAGAAGCUUAAAGAUCCCACGCUGCGGUUCCGGUUGUUGAAGCACACACGUCUCAACGUUGUUGCCUUCCUCAAUGAGUUGCCCAAAACUCAACAUGAUGUCAAUUCCUUCGUGGUAGACAUAAGUGCCCAGACAAGCACAUUGUUGUGUUUUUCUGUCAAUGGUGUCUUCAAGGAAGUGGAUGGGAAGUCUCGGGAUUCUCUACGCGCUUUCACCAGAACAUUCAUUGCUGUUCCUGCCAGCAAUUCAGGGCUAUGUAUCGUAAAUGACGAAUUAUUUGUGAGGAAUGCCAGCCCUGAAGAAAUCCAAAGAGCCUUCGCCAUGCCUGCACCCACGCCUUCUUCCAGCCCAGUGCCCACCCUCUCCCCAGAGCAGCAGGAAAUGUUGCAAGCAUUCUCUACUCAGUCUGGCAUGAACCUUGAGUGGUCUCAGAAGUGCCUUCAGGACAACAACUGGGACUAUACGAGAUCUGCUCAGGCCUUCACUCAUCUGAAGGCCAAGGGCGAGAUCCCAGAAGUAGCGUUUAUGAAGUGAUCCCAGAAAAAGCCCCCUUGUAAAUAGCCCUUGGAUACCAUGUCUGGUUGUCUCCCGUCGUCUCCUGCCCCGGCCCGAGGCCACCCUGUAACUAUGACUGCGGAGAGGGGGCUGCUGCAUCCUUCUCACCUUCCUUCUGGAAGACUUCCGGAAGACUGAGCCUCAUGGUGCCAGGAAGCCAAAGCUUACUUUGUAGAACUGACACUAAACUACCCGAAGGACCUAGGUGCUUUGUGUACUUAACCCCCGAGUCCCGUUACUUUUUAAGAUAAAGAGUGAUAUUGUA